CCUCUCACAGCAUAUACUCAUUCAUUCACAUAUAACUCAAUAUAUUCAAGUGAGAGAAUAGAAAGAAAGUGAAAAAGAAACAAAAAAAUGGAACACUUUCCAAUUGUUGACAUGGGAAAGCUUAACACAGAAGAGAGAAAAUCAACCAUGGAGUUGAUCAAAGAUGCUUGUGAGAACUGGGGUUUCUUUGAGUGUGUAAAUCAUGGUAUAUCUAUUGAGAUGAUGGAUACGGUUGAGAAGCUCACAAAAGAACACUACAAGAAGUGUAUGGAACAAAGGUUUAAAGAAAUGGUUGCAAGCAAAGGUUUGGAGGGUGUUGAGUCAGAGAUAAAUGAUUUGGAUUGGGAAAGCACUUUCUUUUUGCGCCAUCUUCCUGCCUCUAAUAUCUCAGAGAUCCCAGAUCUUGAUGAUGAUUACAGGAAGGUAAUGAAGGAAUUUGCUGAGAAAUUGGAGAAACUUGCGGAGGAACUUCUUGACUUGUUGUGUGAGAAUCUUGGUCUUGAGAAAGGAUAUUUGAAGAAGGCUUUUUAUGGAUCAAAGGGUCCAAAUUUUGGGACAAAAGUUAGUAACUACCCUCCUUGUCCUAAGCCAGACCUCAUCAAGGGGCUUAGAGCCCACACUGAUGCUGGUGGAAUCAUUCUUCUCUUUCAAGAUGACAAAGUCAGUGGACUUCAGCUUCUCAAAGAUGACAAAUGGAUUGAUGUGCCUCCAAUGCGUCACUCCAUUGUCAUCAAUCUUGGUGAUCAACUUGAGGUGAUAACCAAUGGGAAGUACAAGAGUGUGAUGCAUAGAGUAAUUGCACAGACAGAUGGAGCUAGAAUGUCCCUAGCAUCAUUCUACAAUCCAGGAGAUGAUGCUGUGAUUUCACCAGCUUCAACCUUAUUGAAGGAAAAUGAAACAAGUGAAGUUUAUCCAAAAUUUGUGUUUGAUGAUUACAUGAAACUCUACAUGGGACUCAAGUUCCAAGCUAAAGAGCCUAGAUUUGAAGCUAUGAUGAAAGCCAUGUCAAGUGUUGAAGUGGGACCAGUAGUGAGCACAUGAAAAAAAAAGCAUAUUUUUAUUAUUAUUAUUAUACUGAUUAUUGAUUAUGUGUGUGGUUAUAUUACAUUAAUAAGCUAUUAUUAAUGUUGGGUUGGUGUUUAAGAUUGUGCAGUCUAAAGGGUUAUAUCAAAAAAAAUAAAGUAUGAUUAAUUAGUUUGAUCUUAGAUUGUGUGAUAAUUAAUCAGUUAUGAUUAACUGAUUAAGUUUAUGUAAUGUGAUGCAGUGAUUUAGAACUGUUUUUUUUUAUAAAGCAAAACAUGGUGGUGUCCCUCA